CAUUGGUGUUGUUCUAUCAGUCCCAGUUCCUAGAGAGAGAGAGAGAGAGAGAGAGAGAGAUGAAUCGCAGGACGAGUUUGUACCCCCGUCAAGGUGUACAGCUGGAAGAAUUUGGGCUCACUGAAGAGGAGAUACAAGAGGAGGUUGAGAAUGACACGAGUGAAUUGGUGUCUGAGCUUGCCAAGCUCCCAACCAGAGCUCAAAUCCAGGCAAUAAAAGCUCUGCCCAUGAGUUUCCAGGAGAGGAGAUAUAUCAGGAGCAGAGUGACGUCAGAGAAGAGCAUUCUCCCGACGUGCUGCACCGACUGCAAUCAGCAGGUCUCACUGUGUUUCCGCAGGUUUGGCGGCGGCGUAUCCGUAGCCCGGCAGCAUUUGGUGAUAUGGCGUGACGCCCUCAAGGAGAUCGGCGGCCGCUUCGGCACUACCGUCCUGUCAUACUUCAGCUUCCUGAAAUGGCUGCUCAUGUUCAAUGUCUUCUCACUUCUCAUCAAUUUCUGCAUCAUCACCGUCCCACAAAUCGUGCACGGAGCGAACAUAACCAACACCGUGGCCUUCAGGGGGCUGGAGCUGCUCACAGGAGCCGGUUACUUCAACCAGACGGUCUUCUUUUAUGGUGGUUAUAACGGUGAAGUCAUUGCAAAUCAGCCUCCCUACAACAUGCAGCUGGCUUAUUUCUUCACCACAGCAGCAUACUUGGUGCUUUGUGGAGUUUCUCUCAUCUACAGCAUGGCCAGGUCCUUCCAGAAGAAUUUCGUUCUGGCGAUUGGACCCACUAAUGGCGGGGCGUGGCGCCUUUUGUGCAGCUGGGACUUCAGCGUGGUUAAUGAAAAGGCGAUCCAGAACCACAAGAACAAUCUCGGCAUCCAGCUGAAGGAGACUCUGUCUGAGCGGUUGCAGAGAAAAGCUAAGCCGCCGGUUUCCACCCUACUGAAACGCUUCUCAUUUCAUCUGCUGGCCUGGCUGCUGUGUGUGGGUCUCGCUGUGGGCUCCUGUGCCGCCAUCUACUUUCUGGAGUCACACCAAAGCAAGCUGGUGACCAGCGUCUCAGGCCCCGCCGAGGAUUUAAGCAUCGAGGCUUCCACGCUCAUCGUGCCGGUCGUGGUGUCCCUGAUCAACCUGAUCGUCCCUCUCAUCUUUUCACUCAUCAAUAAAAUGGAGAACUACACCAACCCACGCACCAACAUCUACAUGGGCAUCACACGAAAUGUUCUGCUGAAGAUGUCCAUACUGGCAAUACUCUGCUACUACUGGCUAAACGACCUUCCCAGCACCAUCCCAUGCUGGGAAUCCUUCGUGGGUCAGUCGGUGUAUCGGCUGGUGGUGGUCGACUUUAUCUUUUGCCUGUUCAGUUCGUUCUUCGGAGAGUUCUUACGCAAUAUAAUUGGAACCAAAUGCAUCCCGAGUCUUGGUGUUCCUGAGUUCGAUGUCGCCACAAAUGUCCUCAAUCUCAUCUACGCCCAGACAUUAGCAUGGAUUGGAAUCUACUUCUCCCCACUUCUUCCCGUCAUCCAGAUCAUCAAGCUGUUUAUCAUCUUCUACCUGAAACGGGUCAGUCUGAGCAUGAACUGCCAGCCACCCAGGCGCACGGGCAGGGCAGCUCAGAUGCAGACGGUGUACGUCGCACUGCUGUUUUUCCCCUCGUUCGUGGGAGCGCUCUCCAUGGUGGCCUACACUGUUUGGAGGCUGAAGCCUUCGGAGCAGUGUGGGCCAUUCCAGGGCUUGGACACGCCCUUUCAGACCGUCCACAGAUGGAUGAGCGCGGUCCACGACGUUCCGGGAUCCGAGUGGGCUUGGUGGAUAUUUGAGAACGUGCUGAGGAACGAGCUGUUCUUCUACCUCAUCACGCUCAUUGUUCUUGUUCUUACUUAUUUUCUCUGGCAAGUGACCCAGGGCAGGAAGCAGCUCAUCAGAUCUCUACGUGAGCAGAUUGUCAACGAGGGCAAGGACAAAUCCUUCCUGCGGAACAGAUUACAAAGCAUCCAGAAACAGAGAAGAGCCGCCGCCGCCUUCAGGUCCCAGGAAUUUGCAGAGACCUCCUUUAACCACAGCUGGAUGAACACUUUUCCCUCUGGAUAUGUGAGCCAAUCACAUUGUUUAAAGUCAGUCAUUAUUACCCAGAGCAUGUAUCUCAACACGGACUCGUUCGGCCAUACGAAACCAUGCGGGACGUGGCGAUCCGUCGAUAAAUGCAGGUCGUUAGAGAGAUGGAGAAACCCUGGCGUGCGUAUCCUCGUCCUCCAGGCAGGAAAAAAUAUUGCGGUUUGA